GCCAUCAAAGUUGUGUGCUUUUAAACUGCUGCGUGCAGAGGGCACAGUGUUCAGACCACACAGCUGCUGGGGAUCGAGAUCAACGAGCAGACCCGAGUUGAGCUGAACUAAGCCGAGCUGAGCAGAGCGGUGCGCAUCACCAGGCUCAACCUCUCCAAACAGCGCGCAAAGAGAGAAGAAGAAGAGGAGAGCGGAAAGAUAAAGAGACAUGACUCUGCCAACUGUGCGACAACUUCUACUUUUCUGUUUAUUCUGGUGCCUUGGAUGUUGGAGCAUGACAGAUGCCAGUCUUCUCGAUCAGUGGGAAGAAGGGAUUGCGUUAAGAAAGAUUCGAGACAUCCAAAAUGAUGAUUUGAGUGAUGUUUUGUUGAGAGACGAGAAUGAGAAUCAAGUCCAGAAUGUUUUCAAAAGAUUCCUGUUUCAUUACUCUAAAGCUCUCAACUCUGUUGGAGCUGUACAGCACCAGGUACCAGCACAAGAGCCGUACAGCUCUUCAUUUUUUCAAUUCGUCAUGUCUGGAAACAUCAUAUUAGAGAGUUAUUGCUUUCAUUUAACUUCAUUGAUUCCAAACACAAGUUUUUGUCUGACUUUCUGUCAUUUAAAUGGUAACAGAGGUGGCAAAUUGUCUGAAACUGUCAACAUUUUAAAUCAGGAAAUAUCAGAUCAAGACUAAAUAAACUAGAUGCAACAGUUACUGUUCACUGUUCACUGGACUCAGUAAGACCGGACCUGAUAUAAUCAUAUUGAUGGAUUAUAAUUCUAUCAUUGUGUUAUGUAUUUCUAUAAACUGCUACAAUACUCAUGCAUGUGUUUGACUUAGUGCUAUUAUUAGUCUGAACACAUUAAAAUGAUUUGAUUUGUGUAUUUCGUCUGAUGUCAUCUGAACCUCUGCUUCUAUUCCUCUUUUUUACGCUGCCUCAUCUCUUUCCUCCUCCAGGCUAACUCAGUUCACCCUCUGAUGCGACUUUCCCCCAAGCUUUCCCAGAGGAGAAAGAAGAAGGUGCUG